AUAACUCAGUCCACUUCAACCGCUUGCAAAACGCACACGCUCAAAAUGGCCGAAACGGACACAUCUAGUUUUUGGGACGAAUUAACGAGCCCCCUUAACCUGGUGCUCAUAUUUUUCAUUGUGUACCUUUUGUAUAAGAUAAUAAGGUCGCAAUUCGAAACAAUUGAGCCGGUGAAUAUCCCGCCGCCGAUGCCGAAGCUACGGAAAGACAUGACAGUUGCCGAGUUGAAAAAAUACGACGGCACAAAUGAAGAUGGCAGAGUGUUAUUAGCUGUUAAUGCUAUUAUAUUCGAUGUAACUGCGGGAAAACGAUUUUAUGGACCAGGAGGUCCAUACGCUGCGUUUGCAGGACGUGAUGCCACACGUGGUCUUGCCACUGGUCAGGUAGCUGGAUCCGAUAACGAAUACGAUGAUAUCAGCGAUCUAGGAGCUGAUGAAAUUGCAUCAGCAAAGGAAUGGGAAGACCAAUUCAGGGAAAAGUAUCACAUAGUUGGGAAACUGUUGAAGCCUGGUGAAACACCAACUAAUUACGACGAAGAGACUGAUGACAAGAAAUCACAGUAGUUUUAUUAUAAUUGUGAUAUUAUUUGGGUAAUGUUAUUUUUGUUUGUAUUGUAAAAUAAACCAUUUAUAUUGUU